CGCUUUUGUUCAUCACUUGCCAUCGAGAAAGCACCAGUGGGUUGGUACGCUGUGACAAGCUCGACUCUUUCGUUCAAUAGUACUAUUACUCAGUCAGCGUGGUUUGAGGGUCGACAUAGUACGCGAAUAUCUUUUUAAGUAGAUUUGUGACCGGUCGUGAGUUGCUUGUGCUCGAAGAAAAUAGCUCAUCAAAAUGACAAUACCAGAUCCUUUAAAGUUUGAUCACUUUGACCAUGAAACAAUACAAAACCAACAAACAGAAAAUAAAUCACUCACCCAGAUUCAAGAAUUUUAUAAGAACACAAACAUUUUUGUUACUGGAGGAACCGGUUUCCUAGGAAAAAUUCUUUUGGAAAAACUACUACGGUCCUGCAACGAAGUCAACAGCAUCUACGUCCUCGUCAGAAACAAAAAAGGCAAAAAUGUAACAACGAGAGUGGAGGAAAUUUUUGAAGACGUCGUUUUUGAUAAAAUGAAAGUUGAAUGUCCAAAGUUUAUGCACAAAAUUGUUGCUGUUGCUGGAGAUUGUUCGUUGCCCGAUAUUGGCCUGUCGAUACAAGAUAGAAAAACUUUAAUGGAAGAGAUUAACAUAGUAUUUCAUGCUGCAGCUACAGUUCGUUUUGACGAAAAAAUGAAGACAGCAGUUGCCAUUAAUGUACGAGCUACAGAGGAGUUAUUGAAUCUUGCCCACCAAAUGCCAAAACUUAAAAGCUUUAUCCACGUUUCCACUGCCUUUGCAAAUUGCCCAGAAAAAGUAAUUAAGGAGAAGUUUUACCCUCCAGCUUUGGAUUACAAAAAGCUGCUAGUGAUGACAGAAACUUUGUCGGAUAAAAUGAUGGAUAAUUUAACUCCUAUAAUGCUCGACAAGUAUCCUAAUACAUAUGCAUAUACCAAACAGAUUGCUGAAGGUGUUGUCCAAGAAGUGGGAGAAGGUCUUCCACUCGGUGUUGUAAGACCAGCCAUAGUUGUUGCAACCUACCGAGAACCAGUAAGAGCAUGGAUAAAUAAUAUGUAUGGUCCUACAGGGAUAGUUGCAGGAGCAGGUGUAGGUCUAAUUAGGGUAGUGCAUUGUGAUGAAUAUGCCAAUGCAAACAUAGUGCCAGGAGAUAUGUGUGUCAACUCUAUAAUCGCAUCGGCUUGGGAUGUCUCAGAACAAUUUUUAGAAGCAAAACAUCAGAAUAAGAACUAUGAAAUACCUAUUUACAACUUCGAAAGCAGUAAUGAUAGCCCUAUUAACUGGAACAUUUUCAUGAACAGUACUAUAAAAUAUGGAGUUCACACCCCGUCCAUCAGAGCAGUUUGGUACCUAUGUUUGCUGUUAGAAAAAAAUUAUUUCCUGUACCUUCUUUAUGCAUUUUUACUACACACAGUUCCUGCCUUCUUAAUAGAUUGUGUUUUAUUAUGUAUUGGAAAAAAACCAAAAAUGCUAAAAGCCUACAGAAAAAUCCACAAAUUCUCCAGUGUACUAUCUUAUUUUUCAACACAAAGUUGGACAUUCCACUCAGAAAAUGUCCAAAAAGUUUGUAAAAAAAUGAGUAAAAAGGAUAAUGAAAUAUUUUUCAGUGAUUUAAAAUUGCUCAAUUGGAACAGCUAUUUCCAGUAUUGUAUUAUAGGAAUAAGGACGUUUUUGUUAAACGAUUCCUGGGACACUCUUCCUGAAGCCAUUGCUAAAUGGAGGAGAUUAUACUGGAUUCACCAAACUGUGAAGGUCGUUCUGGGUGUUGUGCUAUUAAGACUGCUUUGGACCGUUGGGUCAGCUUUAUUUACCCUGUGUUUUUAAAUUAUAACUUUACGUUUAGAUUACUUUUAUUGUGAUUUUUUAUAACAUAUUUGUAUUUAUUGGAGAAUUUUGACAUGAUAAUUUUUUAUAGAACUUUUUAAUAAGAUGUAUGUUACGUUGUAACAUUUUUAAAACAUUUUAAUGUUAUAUACGCA